AUGUCAGAACCCGAGCAAGACUACCUCCUCCCUGACGAAUGGAACGGCCGCGUGGUCUACCUCUUCAGCGAAUCCACAGGCAAUGUCCUCGAUCUCCAUGGCGGGCAAUCUCACAACGGAAACAAAGUCCAAGGGUGGCAAUACCUAGGUAGCAAGGCGCAGCAAUGGCGAUUGCAAAAAGUCGAUUCAGGGCCUUUUGGGGCUUGGGUUCUUCACAAUGUUGCGUCUGGAACUGUACUGGACCUCGACGGUGGUAGCCCAGAUGACUGCACCAAAAUAAUGGGGUGGAAGUAUUAUGCUGGAAAUGGAAAUCAGGAAUGGUUGAUCAUUACCAAGAAGUAUAACGACGGGUCACAGUGCAUACUCCAGAACAGGAAUUCUUUCACUGUGGCUGACAUGUCGGAAGGAAAGCGGGAUAAUGGAAACCCUGUUAUUGGCUAUCAGAGAGAGGCUUGGAAUAAGAAUCAGUUGUGGAGGAUGAAGAUUGCGUAG